AUGGCCGGAUGCCAUAUGAGAUUUCCCCAAAAUGUCUUUGGGGAGCGGUUUCUAAAGUGCUCCCAAGAGGAGCUACAAGAGAAACUGCCAUCUAUGGUAAGUGUCCAGAUGGGUUGGUCCUCAAUAAAACUCAUCUCAGUCAUGGUGAUGGCUGGUAACAAGUCCGACGGUAGUCCAUGCCUCUCAAUAAGUAGACGAGUGUCUCUUUGGAGAAGCUGGGCUACCGUCAAGCGAGGCCAAGAAGAUGUGAAAGUGGUAAAACAGGCCAAUGGUAUGUCAUCUAGCCAAGUGUCGUACCAGGCACUGAUCUCGCCUCUCCCCACUCGCCAACGAAUAAGAGGCACCAUCUCUAACCAAUGUCGCUGCCAGUCUACCCAUCGUUUGACUCCUUUGAUGUCGGCCGGCUGUCGAGCCCACUCACCAUAUUUGGCUGUCACAAAAGUACCUAGCACCGAUGGUGUGGUCCUCAUCCUCCAAACGAGUUUCUUUUGAAGCAUGUUAAGUACAUCUUGAGGGCGCCUAAUACCUAGGCCACCCUCAUCCGUAGGUCGACAUGCUUUCUCCCAAGAAACUCGGCGUUGACGACGAGGUCCCUCAAGUUGUCCAUCCCAAAGGAAGGACGUACAUAUCCGUCUAAUAGUCUGUAAGACGGUGUCUGGUACCUCAUGGACUGCCAAAAGGUGUAAUGGCAUACUCAUGAGGACAUGACGUAUCAACUGGAUCCGUCCUCUAGGGGAUAGAAGUUGUAACUUCCAUCCUGCUAGUUUCUUCCUCAACUUGCCCACUAGGGCGUCAAAAUAGUGUAUGCGCCUACGGCCGAGGAAGAUAGGACAUCCUAGAUAGUCAAAAGGUAAGUGUCCACGAGAGAACCCUGUUAGGCCCUGGAUACGUCGUAUGGUCCCUAUGGGGGUAGAAGGGCCUACUAUGAAGCUACUCUUCGAGGCAUUUACGAGUUGACCUGUAGCUCGCUCAUACCUCGAGAUAAUACUCAUGAGCCCUCUAAUGGAUGUCUCACAUCCAUUGAGGAAGAGUAUCGCAUCAUCAGCAAAGAGGGAGUGUGAGAUGAUCGGGCAACCCUUCUUCGAGUAGUAUGGUCGGAUAAGUCCUUGAUUGAUCGCUCGGGUGAGGGAUCGACUGAGGACUUCUUCAACUAAGAUGAAGAGGGUGGGUGAUAGUGGAUCGCCCUGUCGUAGACCUCUCGUGGCCGUGAAGAAUGGUGUGGAGCUACCGUUCACUAAUAAAGAGAAGUGAUUCUCCCUAACACAUGCAUCGACUAAGUCAAUGAAGUCAUCGGUGAACCCAAAGCGUCUAAGAACCUUAAUGAGGAAACUCCACUCUAUCCUAUCAAAGGCCUUCUCCAUGUCUAAUUUGAUGAUGAUGUUAGAGCCUCGACAAUCAUGGCCAAGGGACUGUGCUAGUUCAUGUACUAGCAUGAUGUUAUCGUGAAUGUACCGUCCCUUGACAAAUCCGCAUUGUUCUGGAGAUAUAAGUCUAUCAAGGAAACUACUCAAUCUACGUGUAACGAUCUUAGAUACAACUUUAUAACACACGUUACACAAACUGAUAGGUCGAAAGUCUCUAAAUGAGGUUGGGGUAGUCACCUUCGGUAUAAGUGCAAGGAAGGUGGCCUUCCAACUUCGUGUAAAGAGUUUACGACGAAAGAUUUCCUUGAUGGCCUAGAUGAGAUCAGUGCCAACAAUAUCCCAACAUGA